AUGUCGGUCAGAUUUUCGAAUGAAAUCUCAAGCAAUGGCAAAAAUGCAAAUAGUAGUGGAUACAAAAACACAGUGACAUCAACUCCUGACGACUUUAUGACGAGUGCCUCGUCCGAUGAUCGCCAGGAUAACAUUAAAUAUAACUAUCUGAUUAGUGCGCUGAUUGAUUAUGCCAGAGCAGAAGGUGUCUUGAAGGAUGUAGAGGCCAGACACGAAUGUUUAGUCUCUAAUUUUAGUUCUUAUGAUGCUUCCAAACUGGGGUACAACAACAAUGGAACUGCGAAGUUCAAGUUAGAUGAGGAGAAGGCUUUUACAUCUGAUGAAGAAAGAAUAAAAUUUAUUGUGGAAAACAGACUCAAUGCCUUAAACAAAGAGGUUGAGCAGGAAGUUUUGCUUGAAACAGUUUCCAAGAAAAAAACUCUGAUGAAACAAAGUCAAUUAAAUAAUCAAUCAAAUCAACGCAUGACAUCAAAGUUGGUUAGUUCAGUCAAUACAUUGCCAGUUAAUUUAAGACCAAAGUCUAGAAACCCACCUACUUUCACUAACAGAUCAAAAUUUAUCAAGACUACUGAUCCACAAGAGCAGUCAAAAUCUAAACUGACUUUAAGUAAAAGUGUACAAACUAUAAGCAAGUUUAAGAAAACAUCACAACAUUCCCACAAGCAAAAUGAUAUUCCUUACAAGUUUGUGCCAUCAAACAUAUCAGAAAACAUAAAUUCAGGACCAUUUCAAGCGAGUCACCCACCUUACAUCCCAUUAUAUCAGAGGGGGCCAACGUAUCAAACCCCACCAAAUGCACCUCGUGAUGUCAAAUAUGUCAUAGGCGUUAAUGGCAAAUUGAUACCUGUUGUUAGAAAUCUGGGUUUUACAGGCAUAGAUGCAUUCAUACAAACAUCUCUUGACUACAACCACAACAACUGCCAGAAAUACAAUGAUAAACAUUCACUGUUGAUGAACAAAAAAUCAGUUGGCGUAAACACACCUGAUGAUUUGUAUAAAUUGAAUGUCAUUUCAAGUACAACUUCUACUAACACAAACACGGUUCCUGCUACUAAUGUUAUUGAUAAUAAUGGACAUAAUGGACUAAAUAUCAAUGCUACUAAUUAUCAAGUGAAUGUAACAAAUGUAAGCACUACUACUACAAUUACUGCUACUAGUAAUUCAAUUACAUUUCCGGGUUCAGUUAGUAAAAUCAGUCAGACACAGCAGACCAGUUAUGAAAAAAGAGAGAAAAAAAAUGACGAUAAUGGUAGAGAUGAUGAGGAAGAGAAUGAUGAUGCCAAAAAAAAGAAAGACGAUGAGAAUGACGUCACCUUCAUAAAAACACCCUCACUUAGUCCGUCACCGUCUCACUCUCCAUCAUCAUCACCAUCUUCAUCAUUUAUGUUCCCAUGGACAGCCAAGCAGAGGUCUGCCUCAUCUGAACCUAAGCUACCUACACCAUCUCCAACGUUGGAGGUUGAGGAAUUGGAUGAAGAGCAACUUAUUAGGCUAAUUAUUCAGGAUGAGGAAAAACAGAAAAGUGAAACUAAUGAAAAGUAUUUCCACAUCGCCUAUUCAAGAUGCUUCCAUGAGGACGACAACAACAACGACGACGACGAUGAUGCUGUUGUUGAUAAUUAUGAUGAUGAUGAUAAUAAUGAUAAUGAUAACGAUGGUGGAGAUAAUUUCAAUGCAAAGAGUAGCAUAGAUAAGUUGUUCACAGAUGAUACAGAAGUUUCAUCAUCGUCAUCAGCAACGUGUAAUGAUAUCAUAUCCGAAGGACAGUUACUCAUUAGUGAUGGCGAAUUGAUAUCUAUAUCCAUCGAUCCUGAAAUAGAAGCCAGAAUAAAAGGCUACUUACUCAACGAAUUUAAAGAAAUCUCACAGAGAGAAGAUGGAGAAUUGAGUAAUAUUAUGUACGAAAGUAGCAUCCAGUAUAAACAACAACAACAACCACAACAACAACAACACGUAGACAACACAAGCAGAGUGAUCAACAACACAGGUCUUGCCAUGUCUUAUAGUUUUUCAGAAGGUGAGAUACCAGCGGUCGACGACAGUGAAUUUUCUCUUUCUAAUGGCAACCAUGGUAACAUCUGGAAAAAUCUAUCUUCUCAUAAGAAUUACUCUAAAAAUAAUAACAGUGACGUCAUUCCCUCUCAAAACACUCACGCUAAAAAUAGUAACAAUAUCGUAGACACUAAUUUAUGUUUAACUAAUAAUAAUAGUAACGCUUUACGCCACAACAGCAGCAAAAACGUCAAGAGUAGUAAGAAUGGUGGCGAUUCGAUGAGUGAAUAUGCCGAUGAAGAUGAUGGUACCAUUAUUAGUGGCGAUUAUGAGAGUGGCGACAAACAAGAUGGCGUUAGAAGUAAUGUUGGUGAUGAUGGUAUUGGUGAAGAAGACGAUGAUGAUAAUGAAUUUAACAAAAUGGUUUUAACAAAUGCUGCUGCUGAUGAUGAUGAUGGUGGUGGUGGUGAUUAUGAUUAUAAUUAUGACUCUGAGGCAGACGUUAGUGGAGGUGAUGAUGGUGAUAACAAAAUGACUAAUCAUGGUAAAGAUGAUGAUGGUGAUGACAGAAAUGUAAAAACUGGAGAUAUUUUCGAAGAUGCAGAUACGAGAUUUGAAGAUAGUUUAGAGCUGCUUAAACUUAAGAAGUAG